GGUUGGCCUGUGACGCGCAGAGCGUGGCCGCGAUGAAGCCCCCAUAUUGGAGCCGCGCAGUGCCAGCGCCACAGACAGAGAGCGAGCGAAAGAGCGCAGGAACACAGAGACUCGGUGUUCCGUCGUUGCCAUAGUGAAGAAGUGGAUUCAUCACGACCAUGACGCGCUGAUCAAUGCGUGGAGUGCGGAGUUUCUCCAAAACAUGCACGGUGGUCUAGUUGAGGUAAUGACCCGCCCCUUUACCUGUCUGUUACCUGUUACCAUGGAGACCACCGCUUCACCAUAGAGGAGGAUAUUCCUCGACCAAUCAGAGUGGAGUCCAGUUUCGACCAGAAGGAAUCUAAAGUAUUUCCCAGGAUACACUGCUUCUCUCUGGCACUCCUUAUUGGUCACGUGGCAACGGCCAUUCCUUGACUUCCACAGGAGGAAGAAGAAGUUCACAUUUUAGUUAUUUGUUUUUGGCUUGCCAUCACUCCUCACAAUGGAGAGGAACUUUACUGUUAUGAAGCGUAGUAGUUCUUGACCAAACUGAAAUCAUCAAGACACAUCAUCAAGACAUUUUCUCUGUUAACAAAUGAACCAAUAAGAUGAUCUGGAUCAUCCUGACCCUGCCUAUAUGGGCGUGGCGUGGGACCGUUGGCGAUGCCCAGUCUAACGAGCGGCGAGUCGUGGCACACAUCCCUGGUGACAUCAUCAUAGGAGCCCUGUUCUCUGUCCAUCACCAGCCGACAGCGGACAAGGUACAUGAACGUAAAUGUGGUUCGGUGCGUGAGCAGUACGGUAUCCAGCGUGUUGAGGCCAUGCUGCACACUCUAGACCGUAUCAACGCUGACCCCCGGAUCCUCCCCAACAUCAGCCUGGGCUGUGAGAUAAGAGACUCCUGCUGGCACUCUGCUGUGGCCCUGGAGCAGAGCAUUGAGUUCAUACGAGACUCCCUGGUGUCCUCCGACGAGGCCGAGGUGGGGGGAGGCAGUGUGUGGGGGGGAGGCGGGGGAGGAGCCGAUGGGAGGGGAGGGCCGAGGUGUGCGGACCCUGCUGCAACCCCUAUGCGGGGGAAGAAGCCCAUCGUCGGGCUGAUAGGACCAGGCUCCAGCUCUGUGGCCAUCCAAGUCCAGAACCUCCUACAGCUCUUCAACAUACCCCAGAUCGCCUACUCUGCUACCAGCAUGGACCUCAGUGACAAAAGUUUGUAUAAGUACUUUAUGAGGGUGGUGCCAUCGGAUGCUCAGCAGGCCAGAGCCAUGGUGGACAUUGUCAAGAGAUACAACUGGAGCUACGUCUCUGCCAUUCACACAGAGGGUAACUACGGGGAGAGUGGGAUGGAGGCGUUCAAGGAUAUGGCUGCCAAGGAGGGCAUCUGCAUCGCCCACUCUGGUAAGAUCUGGAGCAACGCAGGGGAGAAGAGUUUUGAUAGGCUGCUGGAGCGUCUCAGAGCCCACCUGCCCAAGGCCAGGGUGGUAGCAUGCUUCUGUGAAGGCAUGACGGUCAGGAACAUCCUCAUGGCCAUGAGACGGCAGGGCCUGGUGGGGGAGUUCCUAUUGGUCGGCAGUGAUGGCUGGGCGGACCGGUACGAUGUGACAGAUGGGUACGUGCGCGAGGCGGCGGGGGGAAUCACCAUCAAGCUGCAGUCAGCUGAUGUGAAGUGGUUUGAUGAGUAUUACCUGAAGCUGCGGCCGGACAACAACCUGAGAAACCCCUGGUUCCCUGAGUUCUGGCAACACCGCUUCCACUGUAGGCUGAAGGGACACCCACAGGAGAGCCUCAAAUACAACCGCACCUGCAACAAGCGGGAGUCAUUGCGACAGCAGUAUGCCCAGGACACUAAGAUGGGCUUUGUGAUCAAUGCCAUCUACUCCAUGGCCUAUGGGCUCCAUAACAUGCAGCGCUCACUGUGCCCAGGCUACCAGGGGCUGUGUGACGCAAUGCGACCAAUAGAUGGCGCUACACUGCUGGACUUCCUGAUGAAGACCAACUUCACAGGCGUGUCUGGAGAGGGCAUCCUGUUUGACGAGAACGGAGACUCACCUGGCCGAUAUGAGAUCAUGAACUUUAAGAAGAUGGGGAAGGACUACUAUGACUACAUUAACGUCGGGAGCUGGGACAACAGUGGGCUGAAGAUCGAUGAUGAUGAAAUCUGGGCCAGCAAGGACACCAUCAUCAAAUCAGUCUGCAGCGAACCCUGUGACAAGGGACAGAUAAAGGUGAUCCGUAAAGGAGAGGUGAGCUGCUGCUGGACCUGCACUCCCUGUAAGGAGAAUGAGUUUGUGUUUGAUGAGUACACCUGCCGAGCCUGUGACCUGGGUUCCUGGCCCACCUUCCACCUCACAGGCUGUGACCCUAUCCCAGUGGAGUACCAGCGUUGGGGGGACCCAGAGCCCAUCGCUGCUGUGGUCUUUGCCUGUCUGGGACUCUGUGCCACAUUCUUCGUCACCUCCGUCUUCAUCAGGUUCCGGGACACUCCGGUGGUGAAGUCGUCUAGUCGAGAGCUGUGUUACAUCAUCCUGGCUGGGAUCUGUCUGGGCUAUCUGUGUACCUUCAGUCUCAUCGCCAAGCCCCAUGCUGCACACUGCUACCUACAGAGACUGGGCAUAGGCCUGUCCCCUGCCAUGAGCUACUCUGCCCUGGUCACCAAGACUAACCGUAUAGCCCGUAUCCUGGCUGGCAGUAAGAAGAAGAUCUGUACAAAGAAGCCCAGGUUCAUGUCUGCCUGCGCGCAGCUCAUCAUCGCCUCUCUCCUCAUCCUGCUGCAGCUGGGCAUCAUAGUGGCUCUCUUCCUCAUGGAGCCCCCACAGGUGAUCCACGACUACCCCAGCAUCCGGCAGGUCAACCUCAUCUGUUACACCACCAACCUGGGCGUGGUGGCGCCACUGGGCUACAAUGGCUUGCUGAUCCUGAGCUGCACCUUCUACGCCUUCAAGACGCGUAACGUCCCAGCCAACUUCAACGAGGCUAAGUACAUCGCCUUCACCAUGUACACCACCUGUAUCAUCUGGCUGGCCUUCGUGCCCAUCUACUUUGGUUCCAACUACAAGAUCAUCACCAUGUGCUUCAGCGUCAGCCUCAGUGCCACUGUGGCGCUUUGCUGCAUGUUCGCACCCAAGGUGUAUAUCAUCCUGGCCAAGCCGGAGCGUAACGUGCGCAGUGCCUUCACUACGAGCACGGUGGUACGCAUGCACGUGGGCGAUGGGAAGUCCUCCUCGGCCGCCAGCCGCUCCUCCAGCCUGGCCAACCUCUGGAGGCGACGCGGCUCCGCCGGAGAGACACUCAGCUCCAAUGGAAAGUCAGUAUCCUGGGCCCAGACGGAGCGGGGUUCCCGUGGAAACCACCUGUGGCAGCGCCUGUCGUUCCACAUCAAGAGGAAGGAGAACAACCAGACAGCUGUCAUCAAGCCCUUCUCCAAGACCCCCGAGGGGCGCUACAGUGGGGGCGCUGACCUGCUCCCCCAUAUGCCCUUGCCCUCCCUACCCCAGUCCCACUCUGAUGCAGACAAGACCCUGUAUGAACUCACAGAGGCAGAGGAGAGAUACCCCGAGGAGAGAUACCCAAUCACCUACCGGCCUCAGACCCCUUCACCAAUCAGCACUGUCAGCCAGCGCAUGCAUGGGGCGGGACUAAGGGAUGAGCCACUUGUGAUGGGCGUACCAAGCUACCUGACUGGGGGUUCUGUCGGCGGGGGCGAUGCGUGUGACAGUUCUCUGAUGGAUCAGAUCAGCUGCGUGGUUAACCGUUUCACUGCCAACAUCAGCGAGCUCAACAGCAUGAUGCUCUCCCCGUCUCCCACACACUCACACACACACACACUCACCCACACACACACCCUGACGCCCUCCCACCAUGCAGACCCCUUCCUCCUCCCCCGGGAGAUCCCCCUCCCCUCAACCAUGACCACAUACGCUGACGUCCAGCCCAUCCCCUCUGUAGAGUCCAACGUAGGUGGAUGUGCCUGCCUCGCUCACCCCCUGCCACACUCCCCUCACCGUCUCCCUCAACCUCACACCCUGCCUCACCCUCAGGCCUCCCCAUCUCCAGUGCGACACCUCGCUGUGGGGGCGGGGUCACCUUUAAGGAGGGCAGAGUUGGAAGAGGAGCUAAUGAAUCUGACCCCACCCUCGCCCUUCCGUGAUUCGCUGGGGUCGGGCAGUGGCUCCCCGGUCUCAGAGUCCACCCUGUGUCUUCCCCCGCCCUCGUCCCCUCCGCCCAAAUACGAAAUGCUGACCCUGAGAAACUACAGCCAGAGCUCUUCCUCACUGUGAGCGAAGGAUGAGAGGAGAUGAGGAGACGAGGAGGAGAGUGAAAGUACAGAGACAGAGGGGGGGGACAGAGAAAGAACAGUCUCUUGGGGGAGGACGAGAGAAGAUUGGCCUGUCCCUCAGAGAAGUGAAAGCCCUGUACCAGCUAGAUGGAGCGAUAGGAACAGGACAGAUCAUCGUGUGAUGUCAUUGGACGGUGACCUGCAGUGUUUGUGUUUACAUGGGUUCAAUUAGCAGUGAGGUGAAGUAUAAUGAAGUAUAAAUUAGGCAUCAAAAGCGAGAACAAGGACUACAAAAAAAUACUUUAGCGUUCUGGUGUUUAAAAGUAUGACCGUAAGUCUCUCCUUAGAGGUGUGUUUGGUCUUUCUUUUGGUAGUGGCCUUAAACUAAAACGGCUGUCAACUAAUUAGAGAUGUUUAUUGUGGUAGGGGGCACCUGCAUAGACACAUGUGGACCUACUGAGUGUCUAAGAACCUCUAACCUCACAGGACUGACCAGCUGCUGCCAUGGACACAUGGAAAAACUAUAAGGGCUGGGCAGAGCAGCUAUGGCCACUGGCGCCCCAACACACACACACACACAUGCGCACACACACACAUGCACGCAGACAUACACACAAACACGUGCAUAUUGGCUGUUGUGGGGAAAAGUGUAAAUACAAAAAGAUCUUGGAUGGCAUCUAAAUAUCAGAUGCUUCUGUUUAUACAUACCAUGUAUAGUAUGAAAUACUGAACAACUGUCUUAGUAUUGUUUUUCUCUCUCUCUCUCUCUCUCUCUCUCUCUCUCUGUGUUUCUUUGAUCUUUGAGGUCUGUUGGACUAUUAUUUACUUCAGAAGUUUGAAUGUAUAAUAUUUUCUACAUGAUUCCUGAAGCUUUGGGACCAAACUUUCCACACCUCUGUGUCUGUGAUUCUGAGGAGGCAUUCUACUAAACUAACCAGUAUUGAAAAGUUAAACAGUAGUCAGUAACGUGCUAGAAAACUAUCCUGAUUCAAGUAGUAAAAUCAAUCAAUCACACUAAAGUGACCUAGACGUGCAGGCAAUGUUCCCUCAAAAAAGUGUAGGCGCUGAGCAAAUUUCUGGUCUGCUGAGCGCAAACUUGAACAUUGUUAAAAUUCUGUGAAACUUCCAGCGCGCGUUUACUGUUUAAAUUACAGUUUUCAGUGGCCAAGUAGGCUACAAUAUGUUGUUGAGUUGUUUGAUGCAAGAAACCACUUUACAAAAUAAAAUGCAUUAUUAUUCCCAUACUAUUAUUACAGAGAAUCAGACAAAUGAUGCUAUCCUCUGCCUUUUGGCUACUUAGAUUAUUCAAGCCUGUCUCAAAAUACAACACUGCCCCUUUAAGACAAAAAAAAGGCUCUUUAUCUGACUCACUUUUAAAGGUGUCUAGAAAUGUACAGGUUUUGUGCUCAAUCACUCCCCUACUGCUGACUACAAAUGAUCUAGAACUGGCCUAAUAACUCACUAACUAGCAAAUGAUAUGAACAAAAUGUGCACGUGACUACAUGUAUCUCUCGCUUUGAUCUCAACAAGCUGAUCUACUCACCACCACUCCUGCUGUACAUGCUGUAAACACAGUCCAGUUCAUAGUAAAUGGCACAGAACCAUAUAUGGCAAUGGUCUAUUUGCAUAUCGACCUACUGCAGCUCUGAUUGGUUAUGCCACACUGGUCUGGCAGUCGUGGCCAAAUGUUUUGAGAAUGACACAAAUAUUAAUUU